AUGCACAAACAAAAUAUCGCAGAACUCUAUUCAAUUUACAAGCCUCGAAAAAAGAAAAAACAAGCUCCAAAGAAUAUAAAAACGAUGCUUACGAAGAAAGAAAACCCGUCUAAUCUAAGCAUGAGCCGAUUAUCAGUAAAAAUAUCGUUGUCCCCUAAUGAUUCAUUUCAAAGAAGCCAUUCUGUGUUCAAAGGGAGAGAUGAUAUGCAAGCGAUAAGAUUUGAAACGAAAUCGGUUGAGCCUUUAAUAUUGCCGCCUAUAAGAGAGAAAUCUCUUGAGCCAAUAUCGAAAAAGGCAGAUAAUAGCUUAUUAAGCGCAUCUCCCACUUAUGAUGAAGGAUUCCAAAGAUUGGAAUUUCUAGUCAAUAGAAACCAUUCUGCAAGGAAUAAUUUAUUAAGUGUCCAGCAGCGGAUUAUGGAUUUAGGAGUCAGCAACUUGAUUAAAAGCAAGAAAUUUCAAAGCACUCAUCAAGGAAUUGAAAAUUUAAGUUUCGAAGAAAUUGAUGAGUCUUUGAAAGAAAGAGGUUUAUCGAAUAUUUUGAAGACUAUUUCUGAAGAGAAAGAUAUUUUCCCUUCGAAAUAUGGACUAAAACUCCCUCCACUGUAA